AUGACUAGAGGCCGACUACCACACGGAGUUGAAGCGACAUCUAUCUUAACAUCCACAGUUCUUAAUGAUGAAAAGGCAACGACGUUGGGGUUGGCCGACUCAAACGUAUUACAACUUUCAUAUACAAUGGCGAUAAUUAGGUUUGUUAAUGGCCUUCUAGACCCGCUUCAACAAUCACAGUUUGCAGUGCCAAUGCAAUUAUUAGCUAAACAAUUGCAACUCCCUACAUCAUUUGUAGAAUUACGACAUAUGGGAACACAUGAGAACAUGCCUAGUUUGGAAAUGUUGCGAAUUGGGUGCAAGAAUGCAUUAAACUGGCUCUAUGAUCAUUAUUGGUGCCAUGUGGAUGGCGCAGAGCUAGCAAGAGAAGUAGUUGUGGAUGAACUCAAAGAUGUACACCAUGCAGUUGUCGCAUUUCGCAUUUCCAGAUGUGAACAGCUUUUGCAAAAAUUUAAUGUGACGGAUAAUUUAAAACUUUACAGACGAGUAAGGAAGGUUCAUGAUUUGGAUGCACCCUUGUUGCUAGAGGACGGCAUGAAUAGAAAUAACAACAACAACAACAACAACAACAACAACAACAAAGGUAAUUCUAAAAAUGUCAACAACAAGGCUAACAUGGGCGAUAUCUUGAAGUAUGAACAAUGCUUACACGAUUUGCAAGAGUUCAACAGAGCUGAUUCCGAAUUGUUUGUCGAAGUUUUGAUACGCAAAUUCAUCAUCAUUUAUUCCAAGGAUAAAUUAAAAACAAAACAGAUCAAGUACAAUCCGUUGUUGGAGAAGUUAUACCGACCAUUGUUCCAAUUUUUAGGAUUGGAGUUUAAUGCUAAUCUUUUGAGCAAAAUCUGUUUACAUAUUUUGCAAAACAACAAGAAGAAUACUCCAUCUGAUGCAAAGGGAGAGCAAAAGGAGGGAGAAAUUAAGAAGGAAAUCAGUGAUAUUGAUAAAAGAGUAUUUAAAAAACUUGGCUUAGCUACCACAAUAGUAGAGGAAGAGGCAACACAAUUGGCCGAAUGGAUUCCUGGGUUAAUUAGUUCGAUACUUUCUUAUUCUUGCCAAAGUUUGCCAUUAACAGUUGAAGGCAAACCAGGAUCCAUCUCAAGUAUCAGAACAAAGAAUGAAGUGGUAAACUUUUUAUUGGAAAACUUGAAAUCUUUACCUUUGAGUUGUUUAAAAUUAUGCCAGGAGUCAAUUGCAAUUUUGUCACAAUUGGUAAAUGAAGAGAAUAGCGGGUACGAGGAAACAGUUGUUAAAAAGGUGAAUGACUUUCAAAAUAGUAUUGCUUCACAAGAGGAGAGCAUACCUACUACUGCUGAGUUGAUUACCCUUCCGCCAUCUUUGGACGAGUUACUAAGUGACAAUGUGCUGUUGGUAGGUAAAAGAAAAGCAGGAGAAAGUGAUGCUCACAAUGAUGAUAAUAGUAGUCAUACUGAUGAGAUACCGACUAGUCGAAAGCGACAAAAGGGACUUUCAGAAAGAAAAAUGUACCUCUUGGAGCCUUAUGAAGAUUGGAAACCUACACCUUUCGGAAUCUGUCCUUGA